GCCUUUAAGUUCCUCUUAUUUCCCUGGCAAAUGAUGUCACCACAACCAGUCACAUUUCUCUCCUCCUCCUCCUCCUCUUCCACUCCUCUCCUCCUUCCUAUCAUCCUUCACUCUGUACGUGCCUGUCAGACAUCCCCGCACAUCUUCAGAGGAUAAGAUGUCAUGGAGGCCACAGGGAGGACAGCAGCCAUCAUCUGCUCCUUUCUGUUCAUCCUAACAGAACAAGCCAACUCAGAAUUCAUCCAUGUUCCAUCAUUGGUCCACCAUGGCACGAAAGGGAGGCCUUUGCUCCUGCCUGUGGAGACUCACUUCUUAUUGGAUGAUGUUGAGAUCCAGGGGACUUGGUCCCACACCAGGCCGAGUGGCACCAGGACCACGUUGGUAACAUUUACCAAAAGCACUGCGAUCAUUGACAUGACCUGCCGCGACCACCUCCUCUUCAAAGAGCCAAACAUUACGUUGCUAAUCCGGGAAUUAAACCAGGACGAUGAGGGGGAGUAUUGCCUGAACCUCAACAUAGACUUCCGAAAUAAGUCACGAUUUAUCACAGAGAAGAGAACAGUGCACGUGACUGUAGAUGUCCCCAUGUCCACGCCUGUCAUCGAAAAGAACCCCUCCUACGCAGUGGUUGAGGAUAAAGGAAACGUUACGUGGACUUGUUCUGUCCAGAGCGGAACAAGAGUGUCCUUUCAGUGGCUGAGGAACAACGUCCGUUUGAGUCCCAGCAAGAGGUACCACUUCUCCCAGGACAACUCCACGCUGCUGAUCAGUCCUGUGAGGAAAGAUGACAUGGGAAGUUAUUGCUGUGUGGUCAGCAACCCCGUCAGCCCGAGUCGUCACAGCAGAGCCGUGGAACUAACCGUUUAUUAUGGACCCUACAAUCUUGAGGUGAACUCAGACCAGGGCCUACGGACAGGAGAGGUUUUCACUGUCAAUCCAGGAGAGCUGGUUUUCUUUGACUGUCAAGCUGAUUCCAACCCACCCAACAGCUAUGUCUGGAUCUCCAAGAGUCGCAACGCAACCCAGAUCAUCACCAAGGGCCCGCGGCUCGAGGUCCGCUUCUACAGGCUGGCUCAGGCUGAGGAGUACCUGUGCCGGGCCUUCAAUAACAUCACACAGAAACAGGAUGAAGCCCAGUUUACUCUGGUGGUGGCCAGCCUAGGAACAGGGAAGGAGAUGCACACCCAGGAGGGCGGCUCCGUGUUACCGCUGGCAGCUAUUACUGUUGCUUCUGUGUUUGUCAUUGGCUGCAUGCUGCUUUUCUUCCUCAGAAGAUCCUGUCACCCUAAGAGAGUGCUUAUGAGUAUUUACAACAGACCACUUUCGGAACAGAAACGGCCGCAUUGUUCAGGUCACGAGGAUGCAACCGAAGACUUUGGCAUCUAUGAGUUUGUCUCGAUACCUGGGAAAAUGGAAUCUGCACAGGCGUCGUGCAGAUCUCUGGCUCGCCUGGAGUUAGCUCAGGAUUCUCACACCACCAUCUACGAUGUAAUCAGGCACAUCCCUGAGACCCCCAGCCACAGUUUGCUGAUGUCUCCUCCGCCCUCAGAGUUGAGAUGUAACUGAUGAUUGUUGCUCUCUGGACUCUUGUGUAGCUUUAACCCCCUUUGUCUCAGUUAUCAAAGCCUGAAGCAGUGGUUCUGGUGACACACUUUUUGCACAAGUGUUGAAGGAGACAUGAGUAUAUCUGAUCAUGCACUGUUACUGUCCUGAGGAUGGUUGUUCAUUAUAAGUUUUUUUCGUUUUUGCUCUUUCAUUGAUUUCAUGCAUCAUUGUCAGAUGACAGUGUAUCCGUGGCUUCGAAUUUUAUGAGUUUUACGGAAGGUGGGAACAUUUUUUUGUUGAAUUUUCCAUUGAAAGGAAAACAAAACAACAUUGGGAUGACAUAAAUUAAGUCACGAAUAUAUCAUUAAAAAAUCUUUAAAAAAAUACUUAAAUUCCCGUAUUUGAUUGCUUUUAAAAAUACAUCUUAUUUAACAUUUCAGUGUCAUUAGCUUAGUAUAUUCUAAUUUACAAGUUCCUGUUUUGUGAAAGGACAAGUGUUAUGAUAACUACUUUUUUUUAACUGAUAUCAUAUGUAUUUGAAAUAAUUGUGAUGAACAUGAUGUGUAAAUAUUGUGUAUAGAUUAUUCUACACCUCUGUUUUGGUCAAAUCUAUUUAUUUCUACAGAACCACACUUUUUCUACACAUGUAGCAGGUUUCUCCUUUCUGCAUGGAUUGUAAUGAAAUGUUAAAACAAGGAAAAUAGUGAUUUCUCACCCACUGUACAGCUUGUGUUCAUAUGUUUUUUUUUAUACUUUAUUUAAAGAUCGAGAACCCUUCAUCAUUCUUUAUUAUUACUUGAGUAUAUGAGAUGAUGGUUUUUCUUGUGCAUUUAAUGUGUUUUCCCACCAAGAUUAUAUAAAAACCUACAGUUUGA